GAGAGAAGGGAAAAAAAAAGAGAAGGUCGCACCGUAUCAAGAAUCCCACUUAACCGCGUCUUAUCGAUUGCGAGCUCUGCCCUGGAGGUGGAGACGCGUCUAGCUUACUCAGCAGCACCACCACGUCAUUCUUUCUUUGAUCCCGAUCACUUUGACAGACACUUUUACCGGACCCUCGAUCCUCUUCCUUCUUCACACUCGUCAAACCUGAGACCUUCCCGUACUCCUACCCCGAAUGAUCGGCUAUCAACGGUGCCUGUAUCCUGUGCGGAGAUGAUCUGA